AUGCCGAGUGGCUCCUCUCACCCCUACUACCCCCUCGGCGCCGACAUUGUCGGCUAUUCGCCCAACCAGACCCCUGUCUUGGAGCUACUGGUCAAAGCUAGUGGAGGAUGUGCAGUCCUUCUCGGACUGACCUUUGCAGUGGCCAGUUAUGUGCGACCAACUCUUAACAUCGCGGAUCGGAUCGCCAUCUUGUGGUUUGUGCUCUCUGGAACUCUACACUGUUUCUUUGAGGGCUAUUUCAUGCUGCAUCAUGCUCAUAUGGCCUCAGCGCAGGAUCUAUUCGGGCAGCUAUGGAAAGAGUACGCACUUUCCGAUUCCCGAUACAUGACAUCAGACACACUGGUGCUAUGCAUGGAGACCAUAACCGUGCUCUUGUGGGGGCCCCUCUGCUUCGUUGUUGCAUAUUUGACCGCAACGCGGCACUCAUUGCGCCACCCGAUGCAAAUCGUUGUGUGUAUGAGCCAUCUUUACGGCGAUACGCUAUACUACGCUACUAGUUUGUUCGACCACUAUGUCCAUGACCGACCUUAUAGUCGACCAGAGGGAUAUUAUUUCUGGGUCUAUUACUUUUUGAUGAAUUUCAUCUGGAUUGUGGUCCCGUUUUAUUAUCUUUGUAGCAGCAUGCGGACCCUCUCAACCGUCAUGAAGAGACAAGGGUCAGCAGAGUGGAAGAAAGCCCAGUAG